AUGGAGCACAUUGGCUGCUGUAGUACAGGCACUGGACACCCUCCCUGCGCCUUCUCCUGCUGGCGGCCGUUCUGCGGCCCAGGUGCCGCCUUCUACCUGCCGGGCCUGGCCCCUGUCAGCUUCUGUGAGCACGGCAAAGAGACCCCGGAGUGUAAGUCUGAUAUUGAGCUGUUUGUGAACAGACUUGACUCCGUAGAAUCGGUGCUACCUUAUGAAUAUGCUGCGUUUGAUUUUUGUCAAGUAGAAAAGGAAAAAAGGCCAUCUGAAAAUCUGGGUCAAGUGUUGUUUGGUGAAAGAAUUGAGCAGUCUCCGUACAGGUUUAAAUUUAAGGAAAGCAAAAAAUGUGAGGAAGUAUGUACCAAAACGUACACCACCACAGAUACUCAGAGUAAGCAGAAGCUGGAGUUCUUAAAGAAGAGCAUGCUCCUCAACUAUCAGCACCACUGGAUCGUUGACAACAUGCCGGUAACAUGGUGUUACGAGGUAGAAGACAAAAAGAAAUUUUGCAAUCCUGGAUUUCCUAUUGGCUGCUACAUAACAGAGGAGGGGCAUCCUAAGGAUGCGUGUGUGAUCAACUCCGAAUUUCACGAGAAGGAUACAUUCUACAUCUUCAAUCAUGUGGACAUAACUAUGUAUUACCAUGUUGUAGAGAAUGAAGGGCAAGGAUCAAGAUUAGUAGCUGCUAAGCUAGAACCCAGAAGCUUCAAGCAUACUCACCCUGACAAACCUGAUUGUUCUGGACCUCCAAUGGAAAUAAAGAAUACAUACACUGGAGAAAUUAAAAUCAAAUACACAUAUUCUGUUUCAUUUGAGGAGCAAAAGGACAUCAGAUGGGCCUCCAGGUGGGAUUACAUCCUAGAAUCGAUGCCGCACACGCACAUUCAGUGGUUUAGCAUAAUGAAUUCUUUAGUGAUUGUUCUCUUCCUGUCUGGUAUGGUUGCCAUGAUUAUGUUGAGAACACUGCACAAAGAUAUUGCAAGAUACAACCAGAUAGAUUCUACGGAGGAUGCUCAGGAAGAGUUUGGUUGGAAGCUGGUGCAUGGUGAUAUCUUCAGGCCACCCAGAAAGGGCAUGCUGCUUUCCGUUUUUCUUGGUUCCGGCACUCAGAUCUUAAUAAUGACAUUCAUCACGUUGUUUUUUGCAUGCCUGGGAUUUUUGUCUCCUGCUAAUAGAGGUGCGCUAAUGACGUGUGCCGUUGUCCUGUGGGUGUUGCUUGGUACUCCAGCUGGUUAUGUAGCUUCCAGAUUCUACAAAUCGUUUGGUGGGGAGAAAUGGAAAACCAACGUCUUGCUGACCUCCUUUCUCUGUCCUGGGAUUGUAUUUGCCGAUUUCUUUUUGAUGAACUUAAUUCUCUGGGGAGAAGGAUCCUCUGCUGCCAUUCCAUUUGGCACCCUUGUAGCCAUCCUGGCAUUGUGGUUUUGCAUUUCUGUCCCUCUCACGUUUAUUGGCGCUUAUUUUGGAUUUAAAAAGAAUUCUAUUGAACACCCAGUCCGCACCAACCAGAUCCCUCGUCAGAUUCCUGAGCAGUCAUUUUACACAAAGCCAUUACCUGGUAUCAUUAUGGGUGGAAUUUUGCCCUUCGGGUGCAUCUUCAUACAACUCUUCUUCAUUCUUAACAGUAUUUGGUCCCAUCAGAUGUAUUACAUGUUUGGGUUCCUGUUCCUUGUAUUCAUUAUUUUAGUUAUUACGUGCUCAGAAGCAACAAUAUUACUCUGCUAUUUUCAUCUGUGUGCAGAGGACUACCAUUGGCAGUGGCGUUCAUUUCUCACCAGUGGCUUUACUGCAGUUUAUUUUCUUAUAUAUGCAAUUCAUUACUUUUACUCCAAAUUGCAAAUUACGGGGACGGCUAGUACCAUUUUGUAUUUUGGCUACACUAUGAUCAUGGUUUUGAUCUUCUUCCUUUUCACUGGAACAAUUGGCUUCUUUGCCUGCUUUUGGUUUGUGACAAAGAUUUACAGCGUUGUUAAAGUGGACUGAAAAAAAGCCUUGUUGAAGAAUGUGAUGGAAAAAGUGACUCUGAAUGAAAUGAAGACUUUGCAGUAUUGCCACCCAUUUGUGGGAAGGCAGAUCAGUCCAUCGCAGCUUCUGUUUUUAUUUUAUUGACCCUUUUCAAUUGCAAUGUUCCAACUGAAGGAUCAGCUUGACUGUGUAUGUAGAUAUAAUAACUGCUGUUCUAAUGUCUGCAGAGGGGAGCUGUAUGUAUUACACAGAUAUCAAUGAUUAAUAAAAUAAUAUGGCUGUAAAUACAGUUUUGCGCUUAGACUCUGGGAUGGGAUGUGUUAUUCUGGAGCACAAGCAAGAACAUGUGAGAUUUGUUUUCUAUAAUGUAUUCCUUUUAAUGCUGGUUGGAUUUUAUUUUUUAUACUGGGUGAAACGUCCUUGCAUCCCUUUUCUCUUGAUGUUUAUAUUCCCUUUAGUGAUUUGAAGACUUAAGAACUCUGUGCCUCCAAGUCUCUGGAUUUUUAAAUUUAUAAUCUUAAUAAACCGUUUAAGAUGGAA